GAAAAAAAAACCCUAUUCUUUCAGUCCACACCACAGUCUGGGCUCGACACUUCUGGAGACCUGCCCAGCGGUGCUAGUCCCCAGCGAGCCGACGCACAGGGCCGCCGCCUUUCUGCUCCGCCACAUCCGGCGAGGAGUAUGCGGCUUUGGAGGCGGAUUUGAUCAAGAUGGUCAAAACUGAAGAUCAGGAUGAGGACGAGGGUGUUAGCGCUUCCGUCGGUGCUCUUAGGGAUGGUACUGUGGACCCGCAGCCUGAUACGGCACAUGCUGGUGUUAAGGCGGAGGAGGAUGGUCAGCCAAGCUCUUCUUCCAGUUAUUCAAAAUUUAUUGGUAUGGGAUUUCCACCAACGUUAGUUGACAAAAUGCUUCAGAAACAUGGCGACAAAGAUUUUAAUGCUAUCUUGGAAUCUCUUUUGUUCCAUUCUUCCCUUACGAAGUCUGGUUCUGAAUCGUCAAGUUCUUUGGGGAGUCUCUUUGACUCUGAUAGUGAAGAAAACAUUUCUCGUUUAGGGUCCAUGAAAGAACCUCAUGAAGAAAUCAAGCCGGAGCCUGACUCCUUCUCAGAAAGGAGGUCGUAUUUACUAAGCGCAAUGAAUUUCUCCCAACAAGAAGUUGAUUGGGCAUUCAACCAACUAGGUGAAGAAGCACCACUAGAUCAGCUUGUGGAUACCAUUGUCACUGCUCAAGUAGCAGGAUUCACUGGAGGCAAUGAAAAUGUUGACGCGACAACUGAGGGAAAGGCUGAAUCGUUGUUCGGGGUCAUGGAGAAGACACUCCAUUUGCUGCAGAUGGGUUUUACUGAGGAAGAAGUAUCAGGUGCUAUUGAUAGUUCUGGUCAGGAAGCAACAGUUCAGGAGCUGGCCGACUCAAUUUUUGCAAGACGAAUCGACAACAGUAUUAAGCAGACUGAGGUAAAAAUUGAAUCUGAUUUCCUGGGUGGCACAGAAAAUCAGCAUUCAACAUGCCAUCAGAGGUUACGUUACUAUGACGACGAGGAUGACAAGAUAGGGGUUAAAAGGGCUAAAUCUAUUUUCACAGACAACAGCAGUGGGGCUUCCAGUAGUCGUCCUGGCAACCAGCCAAGCCUAACCCCAUGGUUGAGUGGCUGUACUGGGUCAGUUAGUAAUGGGUAUGUGAAGGAAGAAUUUGAUGCAAUGGCAUCUGGCCCUCGACCUGAUGUCCGUCCUGAAAUUGCGAAGCCCCCAUACUUUCUGUAUGGAAAUGUUGUCGACAUCCCCAAAGGCACGUGGCAUCAAUUGUCAGAUUUCUUAUUCAAUGUGGAGCCUGAGUUUCUGAAUAGUCAGUAUUUCUCGGCCGUGAUGCGAAGAGAGGGUUACCUUCAUAACCUUCCGAUGGAGACAAGGCAUAUUGUGGUUCCGAAGUCACCAAUGACAAUUGAAGAUGCAUUGCCAUUCACAAGACAGUGGUGGCCCUCAUGGGACACAAGAAAACACAUUGGUGUUGUUACUUUGGAUGUGGCAGAGAUUGAGCAGAUGUGUGAGAAGUUGGGGAAAAUAAUGACAGAUUCCCGAGGAGUACUUUCACAUGAGAAGCAGGCUCAUAUCAUGCAGCAAUGUAAGAUGUCAAAUCUUAUUUGGAUUGGCAAGGAUAGAUUAAGUCCUUUGGAGCCGCAUCAGUUAGAACACAUACUAGGCUAUCCGCGUAAUCAUACUGAGCAGUUUGAAUUAAAUACUCCUGAUAGACUUGCUGCUAUGAAAUAUACUUUUCAAACAGAUGUCUUGGCAUAUCUAUUGUCCGUGUUGAAGUCUAAGUAUCCAAAUGGUUUGAGAUUGUUAUCCAUUUACAGUGGACUAGGAGGUGCAGAAGUGGCUUUGGAUCGUCUCGGUAUUCCAAUAAAAUGUAUAGUAUCAGUCGAGGAGUCUGAUGUGAAUAGGAAGAUCCUGAGAAAAUGGUGGCGUAGAACUAAUCAGGCCGGAGAGCUGAGACAAUUUGUUGGCAUUUGGAAGCUAAAAACAAUUGUACUUGAAGAUCUAGUAAAAGAGUUUGGUGGAUUUGACCUAAUUAUUGGUGGAAACUACAGUUCUUGCAGAGGUGGGAGGACAAUAAAUGCAACUAUGGGCAUGGACUCCAAUAAAUUCUAUGAAUAUGCUCGUGUUGUCAAGAUAGUGAGAGCCUUGCACAAUAGUUGAUGAUACCAUUCUUUCCUAGCCUUCCAGAUUUGAUGUAGCAUCAUGUGGUGGUGUAGACUUGUAAAUGGCAGAAUGGAGAUGUAUGUUUUUGGCAGCCAGAUAACUUUGCACUGUCUGUAUGCUUAUAUGAUGAGUUAACUUUGCACUAUUCUAUUGUCUGCACUGUUCUCUU